AACCAAGCCUCAGGAACCUAUCGCUAGUGGCAGCCCGGGCCCCGCCGAGCUCAGCCCCGCCCAGGCACGCGCUGCUGGUCGCCGCCCCGACGCGGGCACCCAGGGCGGGAGAGGCGGCGCGAUGCAGCCCCUGGACGCGGGCGAGGCGCGGGAGCCCGAGGAGGACCUGGGCGGUCUCCGGAGCCCCGCGCUCCGCUUGGGCCGCGAGGACCUCGCCGCCCUCGAGCGCGAGCACGUGCGGGCGCGCGGCAGGGCCCGCAGGAAGCUGAUGGAGAUCGAGAGCCUGCUGGACGAGAUCGGGAGCGAGGUGGCGGCCUCGGAGGAGAGCGCCGUGGAUGCCGCGCGCGCUGCGCGGGCGGAGGAGAGAGUGGUGAAGCUGUGCGCCGAGGCGGAGAAGAAAGCCAUGGAGGCGGCGCGCGUGGGCAGGAGGAUCGUGGAGCUGCACCGGCAGAUCGACGGCUGCGAGUGUUACUGAGCGGCGGGAGCCGGCGGGCCUCCCCGGGGCUGGAUGGCCGAGAGCAGUCAGUAAUGCUCCGAAGGCAUCAGCGCUGAGCAUGCGGGGGGCGGGGGGAAGUCUGGGCAGAAGGGAGCGCAGAAACCUGCCAAGCUCUUCGCAUAGUUAGUUUCACUCUUUCUACGUUGGUGAUUAGAAGAAAGUAAUUUGAUAUGUUGUUGGGAAAAGUAAAGACCACUCAUAAUAAAGUA